AGCCACAAGCAACCUGCUGCCUUUAUAGUUACUCAGCAUCCAUUGCCCAACACUGUAGCUGAUUUCUGGAGACUGGUGUUUGAUUACAACUGUUCUUCUGUUGUGAUGCUGAAUGAAAUGGAUGCUGCCCAACUUUGUAUGCAGUACUGGCCAGAGAAGACAUCUUGUUGUUAUGGGCCAAUCCAAGUGGAAUUUGUUUCCGCUGACAUAGAUGAGGAUAUUAUUAAUCGGAUAUUCCGGAUCUGCAACAUGGCAAGGCCACAAGAUGGAUACCGUAUUGUUCAGCACUUGCAGUAUAUUGGCUGGCCAGCAUAUAGAGACACUCCUCCUUCCAAGCGCUCUCUCCUGAAGGUGGUCAGGCGGUUGGAAAAGUGGCAGGAGCAAUAUGAUGGGCGAGAUGGACGGACCGUGGUCCAUUGCCUGAAUGGCGGUGGCCGCAGUGGCACCUUUUGUGCCAUAUGUAGUGUUUGUGAAAUGAUCCAGCAGCAGAAUAUCAUUGAUGUAUUUCACAUAGUGAAAACCUUACGGAACAACAAGUCCAACAUGGUGGAGUCAUUGGAACAAUAUAAAUUUGCAUAUGAGGUUGCACUGGAAUACUUAAGUGCGUUUUAGCUCAUCAGGGCAGGGAGCUAAAAGAUUCCUAAAGCCUUUGAAGGA